AUGUUGCACGUGCCCAUUACGUUCACUUUAACUACGCUAAUGUGGCUAAAGGUAAUUUUUAGUUCAAAUUUUAACGAUGCUACCGAUGUGAUAUAUAUAGCAUUUACUGAAACGACAUUCGUAAUUAAAGUUCUAAGUGCUUGGCGAUUUGCACGAUUAUUGCAAUUCAUAUUCUUAGAAUGGCAGACUAACAAUCUGUUCUCAUUGAAGAGCGCAAACGAGCACCUUAUCUGGAACGGUCAAUUUAAGACCUUUAAGAUAAUCGCGUUUGUUUAUAUCAGCUGCAGCCUAAGCGUGUUGAUACUUUCAUUUGUUAGUGUUCCAUACAUGGAGACGUAUCGUUUGCCGUUCGCUUAUUGGACGCCGGCAGGCUGGGAGCAAUCGUCGUACUUCUGGUAUAUCUGUUUUUAUGAUUUUAUCGGCAUGGCUUUUACAUGUAUCUCGAACUGCACCGUUGAUAUGUACUUUUGCUAUCUGUUAAAACAUAUCGCCGUAUGUUUUAGAAUGAUUUCCAUGCGUUUAGUAAAAUUGGGCUAUACCUCCGAAGAUGUGACAAAGAAUCUUAAAGAGAUUAUUACGUUUCAUAGUAAACUCAAAAGCAUGUCGCGUCAUUGUGAGAAGAUCAUAUCCUAUCCCAUAUUGGGUCAAAUUUUGUUUAGUUCUGUGGUGCUGUGCUUUAGCAUUUACCGUUUGCAAGCCAUCAGUUUCAUAGAGACACCGCUUGAUUUUUUGUCUGUAUUUCAAUAUAUGUGGGUUAUGGCCGCGCAAAUUUACUUGCCUUGUCACUAUUGCAAUGAGCUUACUCUCCAGUCCGCCGCUCUUCAUACAGCCGUAUACAAUUGUAAUUGGAUCGACAUGACAGCAGCCGAGCGUAAAAAUAUUUUACUGUUUAUGUUGUAUGUAAAACGACCGAUUAUACUAAGAGCCGGGCACUUUUUUGAGAUUGGUCUGCCAAUUUUCACCAAGACGAUGAACAACGCCUAUAGUUUGCUUGCGCUAGUACUUAAUAUCAGUGAUAGUUGA